CUUCUUCUUCUUCUUCUUCUCCUUCGACGAUCGAGGACAACGUAAUCAUCUUUCGAUCGCGCUUAAUUAUGUUGAAGAAGAACACAUCAUCAUCAUCAGUUGGCACCUUUGCUGUGUUGUGCAUAAUAGUCAUCGUAGCAGCCUCCUCGUUGGACUUUGUUGCAGCGCAGCCAUCAUCCAAGUGUCAAAUUAUGUGCACAGGUAAUGCUAGUUGGAGUAAUAAUGACAAUGAUGGCACAGUGAGGAUUGACCCUCUGGACAAGUUGAAGAAAUACAGGGGAGGGUUUGAUAUCACUAGCAAGAACUACUGGAGUUCGACUGCAUUUACAGGCAUAUACGGCUAUGCCAUUGCUGCCCUCUGCCUCCUGGCUGGAAUUUGCUACGGAAUUUUCAAGCUUGUCAUUGUUCUCUGCUGCAAAAAUAGGAGACGGAAGUUGAAAGGAGGCAGCAAAUCGUCACCACCUAAUGACGAACGUUAUGUGAUGUACAAACGCUUAGUUAUCCUUGUCCUCCUCACUCUCGUGGCCAUAAUGGUUGCAAGUGGAGUAGCCCUAGGAGGGAGCUCAAGUUUCCACAACAGGGCCAAGAAGGCAGUGGACAUCAUCAUACACACCGCAAACAAUGCCUCGAGGACCAUCUACGAUGUCACGUCGGCGAUGACUGGCAUUUCUCGUACUCUCGAAUCCACCGAGGCCUCGAGCCAGUUCCCGGCAGCCAUGACCGCCUCGAGGUUCCUGAGCUCCACGUCGCGGAGGCUGGAUCGUGAAGCUGCCAGCAUUGAGAAGGAAGCCAGAGACAAUAGGCGACGGAUUGAUAUAGCCGUCACUAUUGUGUACGUUAUAAGCGUCGUCGCUAUUGCUCUCAAUUUGGCUGUCACCAUUGCUCUUUCAGUUUGUGGGGUACUGAGGAUUCGGAAAGCAAUUAAUUGGCUUUUUGCAUUAUGUUGGUCGCUAAUAGUCCUCUGCUGGUUGCUAUUUGGCAUCUAUUACUUCUUACACAAUUUCGCAAAUGACACGUGUCGAGCACUCGAGACGUUCGACCACAAUCCUCAGAACAGCAGCCUCAGCUCGCUCGUGCCAUGUGAUGAUUUAGCCGCGGCGAAACCAACUCUGAGACGGGUCAGGGAGGGAAUUUACGACCUCGUCUCUCAACUGAACGUCGCCGCCACCAAUGUAUCCUCGACACUGGGAGUGCCUCCCAACUUCAUUCAAGUUUGCAACCCUUUCUCGUCGCCGCCGAAUUACCACUACCAGCCACACGAUGAUUUCAGUUGCCCUCCUCCUUCGAUCCCCAUUCGCGACAUUCCAAAGGUAGUGAAAUUGGUGACAUGCUCAGACGACGGAACAUGUAGCAACGGGCAGUUUGUAUCCCCUGCCGAUUACAGACUGGUGGAGGGCUACGCCAGUUCGAUCCAGAGCCUCGUCGACGCCUUCCCCGAGAUACAGAGCCUGGUGGAAUGCGAGUCCGUCAGGGCUUCACUGUCUCGAAUUGUCGACCGCCAUUGCCAGCCGUUGAAGAAGAAUGCAAAGAUUGCUUGGGCAUCAUUGAUUCCCCUCUCUGUUCUCAACAUGGCUCUUCUCGUUUUGGUACUAGUAAUACAGAGGAUUGGACCUUUAGGAACCAGCGGUUCCGUUGGUGCCGUCGCUAAAGAUGAUAUGGCGCCUCUGCCUCGCCAUUCUUCGUCGUUGGAGCUAGCCGGCUCCGGCGGCCACCGUCGGUUGGUUUAGUGAAUACUUCAUUCUUUAUUUGUUUGUAUAUUCCCACCUCUUAUAUUUUAUUUUGGUUAACUAUUUUUAUAGGUUACAUAGGGGUAGUAUUUUUGUUUUCAGAGGAUUCAUAUUAAUAGUUGAAUCCAUAGGGUUUACAAAAUUAGACGGUUACUAAAAAGUACGAAUAAUAUCUAUGAUAUGGACCCAAUCAAGGGGAAGAGAACCAUUCAUAGUAGUAAGUAAUUGUAUCCAUUCUUUUGUUUGAUGUAUGAAGAUGAA